AUGCAGCAUCAAUUAUCAUCUCGCGCGCAGCAGUCCCGCGCGGGCGUGCGCGGUGGAGGGCAGCGGCAGCGUGCGGUGCGAGUGCACGCUGCCGCGGCGUCGCCGGCGCUGCGGUCGCCGCUCGUGCAGUCGCUGCAGAACGGGCUGUCCCUCAGCCCCGGCCGCGGCGCCCUUGACGAGCUGGAUGAGGAGCGCGGCGUCUGCAGCAUUGCCAGCCCCUAUUCGCCGCAGUAUGUUCGCAGCAAGGUGCUCGCCAACCCCCUAGACGCCGCCACCCUCACGCUGCGCGCCCUGAACAUCGUCGCCCGCCUGGGAACCUACUUUGGCUGCCUCUGGUGGGACCGCGUGACCGGCCACGAGGACACCCCGGACCGCGUGCGCCUGCGCGCCUCGCAGCUGCGCGACAUGCUGACCACGCUGGGGCCGUCCUUCAUCAAGGCGGGCCAGGUGCUGGCCAACAGGCCGGACAUCGUGAGGGAGGACUACAUGAACGAGCUCUGCGUGCUGCAGGACGACGUGCCACCGUUCCCGGAUGAGAUCGCGUUCUCCAUGCUGGAGAGCGAGCUGGGGCGCCCCCUGGGGGAGGUGUUCUCGUCCAUCAGCGAGAGGCCCGUGGCCGCCGCGUCCUUGGGGCAGGUCUACAAGGCGGUCCUGCGUGAGACCGGGGAGGAGGUGGCCAUCAAGGUGCAGCGCCCCGGCGUGGAGCCGAUCAUAUUCCGCGAUCUGGUGAUCUUCCGCGCCCUGGGGGCGCUGGUCAACACGAUUGCGCGGCAGCGGCUGGGCUGCAACGCAGAGCUGAUCGUGGACGAGUUUGGGGAGAAACUGCUGGAGGAGCUGGACUACAUGCAGGAGGCGCGCAACAUCGAGGAGUUCCGCCGCAACUUUGCGUCUGACCCGACGGUCAAGAUCCCCUGGGCGCGCCAGGACCUGUGCAGCAGCAAGGUUAUCGUGAUGGAGUGGAUCGACGGCAUUCGCUGCACCGACGUGCCGGGCAUCAUGAACAGCGGCGUUGACGUUGACAACUUCAUCAAGUGA